AACCUUUGAAAUAAAUUUUUUUUUUGUUUUCUUUUGUUUUUAAAUCGAAGUAAAAACCCCACUACUGCUAGAAAAGGAAAAGAGAGAAAAAUAAAGGCAUAGGUGUAGCCAAAACAGAGAAAAAAAAUUAUUUUGCCAUUGACAACAGCAUACCACCCACACUGUAUUUCUAAUCUCUCUCUCUCUCUCUCUCUCUCUCUCUAAAACACACAAUGCAAAGGCAGUCUCUCGGCUCGCCGGUCUCGAAGCUCCACGGCCAUGGCGGACAGAAAGAGGAGUCGCUCUUAGUGGAGGACGAUCCCAAGCGAAAGGAUCUCGUAGCCUCCUCCUCCUGCUCCUCCACCUCUUCCACCGCCGACUACGGCUACGAAGACGACAGCAAAGCCGCGAAGCCUCGCCGCUUGUCGUCGUCGCCGCCUCCUCUCAGGCCGGACCGGUGCAUCCACCUCAUUCCCGUCCUCACGCUCCUCUGCUUCCUCAUUCUCUUCCUCUUCUCCCAUACUCCUUCGCAGUCCGAUAUGGCUCAGUUCAAAGGAUUCAAAUGGCCUGCGAAUCGUAUAGAUUCGGCUGAGAACGAAAUCGGCGAUAUCGGCCGAUUCUCGGAGCUCCGAAAGAGCGACGUUCUGGCGAUUCGCAGCCUCAGAAACCUUCAGGAGAUCCGAAAACAGGCUCCGAAAUCUCGUUACCACAGAAAAUUCGCCGAUUUCUGAGCUGCAUUUCUUCUGGUUCUUUUUCUCCUUCUUCUUCCUCCUUUCUCUGUAAGUCUGUACUACUCUUCUUCCCUAAUUUACACGUACGACGGCUUCACACGCGUGGGAAUUCACACGUGCGUGACGCUUCCCCUGCUUCCACCACCCUUCCUAGUUAUCUUACCAUUCUUUUCGCACUUGUACAUCGAAUUUGUUUUAUUUUGUGAAAAAAAAUCCCUAAAAAUAAAACGAGAUAAUGAUAUAAUAUAUAGGGAUAUUAGAGGGGUUUUAUUCUUUGGGGCGUACGUUAGAGUGAUUCUCUGGGGAGUGCACUAAGUUGCGCUUUGUGAGUGGCAUUUAAGAGGAGUGAAAAAUGCAAAACAGCUGGAUUUUUUUCGUACGACUUUACCGUUAGUUGGUGCGCACCUCGAUUUGGGAGUAUGGGAUUGCCAGCCUGGAGAGGCCUACUUCGUUUAGGAGGGAGAAUCAGGUGCUUCUAGUACCCAUUACUGUUACCGUGGACUAUUCCAUUUUUCACGUGCGAUGCAUAGAUUUUCCGUGAUGCUGAUCUUGACUGCAUACCACGUCAUCGAAUGAUAAAUGUCAUUUAUUGGUUGUUGCAAA